CUGUUUUGAGCUAUGCCCUCGAGUUAUUUCGAGUCUGCAAGGUCGUUAUAGCAACUCUGAUGUGUGUGCUGUCAGCUGAAGCUGGUUACUAUAAGAGACACCUCCCCCCACAGCUGCCCCCCGCCAAGCUACACUACGGACACAAGCCACCCCCUCACUUCCACCACAGUCCCCUCUCGCACAACAAGCCCCCUCCUUAUCUGAGGCGCCCUUCCCCCUCCUCGCUCCCCCAUCAGAAGUCUCCCAACACUUUCCCGCUCGACGACGACAAGGGGGGCCGAUCCCACACGAUACCUGCUCCUAACCUCAGCCCUGCUGACCGACCUCACCACCCUCUACCACACCAAUCUUCACACCCUUCACCUGACCUGGAUGCUGUGCUCAGGCAUGGACUGAAGACUGUACAACACAAACCUGCCAGCUCGUAUCAGGUUACAGAGGACCCCAGUGCACACAAACCGUUUUCUGAUACCCCUAGCUACUUUGCUCCAGACCCUGACCCCAGCCUGCCCACCAUAGAAGUCCCUAAGACCUUCGAUCCCUACUCUCUGCCCAGCAAUGGUCAGCAGCCACUGGACCUGUACCAGCAACAGCUCGCAGAGAGUCAGCAGCACCAGACCUCUCCAUCACUGGCGCAGACAAAACGAGUGGAAGGUGGUACCAAUUCCCUUUCAUCUCAAGAUCUGUACAACUUGCUGAAUGGGUUUGGUCAGCAACAGCCUCAAAUGACAGCAGCCAUGUAUCAGCAGUAUCUGCUAGCAGCAGCAGCACAUCAGCCCUCUACACACCAGCAUGUCUACAAUGCUGCCCUUCUCUACCCUCAACAAUAUCAGCAGCAGCAACAGCAGAUAGCACAGUUCUCACAGGAGAAUUUCCAGCCACAGUUUGAGACUUUCAACUAUAACGAGCAGACACAGGAGAGUGCCCAUGGAUCUGACAGUUUCCCCUCGGCGUCCUCGGUGAGUGUGGGGGUGAAACGGGCAGUAGCGAGUGGAGAGGAGGAGGUGUUGAGCAACCAGGUUGACUACGAGGACACCGGCUUGUACACAAACACUGCCAGACCGACAGACAGCGGAGACUCUGGCUACCCUCGCGGCAGCGGGCAGCAUCAACAAUCAGCUGGCGCAGCGGGAGCAAGGCUCUGAGGAGGAGAUGGAGCAGAGCAAUCAGUCGGACGAGACGUAUGAGACAAGAACCCAACAGAACAUAAUUAAUAAACAAAAUCAAAUUCCCAAUAUACAUGAGCUGAGAGUCCAACAAGAAAAUCAGAAUGAAAGACAAAACCAACUGCCAGUAACAAACUACAAAAUGAGGGCACAAGAAAAUCUUGAAGAGACACAGAAACAAUCGACUUACAGAAACCAUGAAAUGAAACACCCCAACAGGAAGUUAUGUUUAACAAUGAACAACAAAGCCACAUGCCUUUCAGAAAUUAUGAGAUGAGACCCCAACAACAAAUACAGACAGACGAAAUUCCACACAAUGAAAACAAAGAAAACUCAGAACAAUCCUUUGCAGACAGUGAUUACAGUGAAGACGAGAUU